AUGAAGAGCCUCGUUCCAGCUAAAAAGCGAGGUCUUUUUGCGAAAUUACUUGUUGUUCACAUAGUCAGCAUUGUUGUGCCGAAAGCGCAGCUCGUAUUCCUGCCCAGAUAUUUACCACUGAUGUUUGGUCGACCUCAGCUGGAAGUGGACGAAUGGUUUGGGCCUCUGAGCACAGCGGGUUUCGUAGUUGGCGUUCUGGUCGGUUGCAUGGUGCUCACAUAUUCGCAGCGGAAAGCACGAACAAUAGCUAUUUCAAUGCAAGUUGUAACGAACUUUGCGGAUGUGAAAGUAUGGCGCAAUUAUUUCCGAUAUUUCGCGAUUGUCGUUGCUCGAAUAGCAGUGAGCAGACAGUGUCACGACAGUUCUGCAACGAAAUUGAUUGCAUCUACGCGUUUAUUGCAGAAGUGUUGGGCCGUUUCAUCACAUCAGUUGCAAGCGGAUACUCUGUCGUGA